GACCGUUUGGGAUUGUAUUGCAAAGGAGGAAGAGCGACCUAGGCCCUGACUGUUGCGACCGACCAAAUGUUCUCUCAUGCGGCGAAGAAGAUGCUGUCGACUGGUCCUCUAGCCUCAGGUGCCUAUAUGUAGGCUCGACCCGUGUGAGUGCGCGUUUGGUCCUAAUCAUUAAAUCUUGCGUGUCCCCCUCUGGCCGAAAUCUAGGUGGCUGAGCUUAUGCCAGAAGUGGAAUAAGGCUUAGAAACGUGUAUUUAAGCGAGAUAACGUGCAGAUAUUUUAACGUGGAUUACGGUAACGACAGGGUUGAGCGAGGCUUGCGCUGGGAUCGAAAUCCCAAGCCCGCGGGCGGGUUAAGAGGCACGCCAGACUUUGAACAACAAAGUUAUGAAAAGCAAUACCGCAUCAAUCUUAUCCGUGCAGAACCUUUGACACGGCGAAACACAACUAGUUACCUUCCUCCUGAUGAAUGAAUAUCGUACAUACCAUUGACGAUGGGCUGCGGAAUGAGCGUAGAGGAGGAUGUGAGAGAGCGAAGGAAUGCGGAGAUUGAGAGCCAACUGAUACAGGACAAGGUGGCGCAGCGCAACGAGAUCAAGAUCUUGCUCCUUGGUGCUGGAGAAUCUGGAAAAUCGACUAUCCUAAAGCAGAUGAAGCUCAUUCACGAGGGCGGUUACUCGCGCGAGGAGCGGAAACUUUUCAAGCCGGUCAUCUUCAUGAACACGAUACAAUCGAUGCGCGUCAUUCUCGAAGCCAUGGAGGCGCUCGAUGUACCAUUUGACGAUCAGCGUGCCCUAAACCACGCUCAGAUCCUUUUGGCGAAACACGAACAAGUCGAUAGCGGCAACUUAUCGCCAGGAGUUGGUAGAGCAAUUUCAGUUCUCUGGCGGGACGCCGGUGUGCAGCAAUGCUUUCGACGGUCGCGCGAGUAUCAGUUGAACGAUUCAGCUAAAUAUUACUUUGACUCUAUCGACCGCAUCGCCGCUCCUGACUACACACCGAAUGACCAGGACGUUCUCCGAUCGCGAUUGAAGACAACCGGUAUCACAGAGACCACUUUCAUCAUUGGUAACCUUAUCUACCGCAUGUUCGAUGUUGGUGGUCAGCGAACAGAAAGAAAGAAGUGGAUACACUGCUUUGAAAAUGUUACAGCAAUUCUCUUUCUAGUCGCCAUCUCGGAGUACGACCAAUCACUCUUCGAAGACGAAACAGUCGAUCGCAUGCAAGAAGCCCUCACUCUGUUCGACUCCAUCUGCAACUCGCAGUGGUUUGUUGAGACUUCUAUCAUCUUGGUUUUCACUAAAACUGAUAUACUCAGAGAGAAGUUGCCUGUCAGCCCAUUGCAGACAUAUUUUUCCGAUUAUGAUGGGGGGCCAGACUUCACUGCCGCUUGCGAGUAUAUCAUGAACAGAUUUGUUUCGCUGAGCCAGCAUAAGAAAAGGCAGAUCUAUACGCAAUUUACCUGUGCGACAGACACCACACAAGUUCAUUGUGUCUUGGCAGCAGUAAACGACAUUAUCAUUCGAGAAAACCUUCGAUCGAACGGUCUAAUAUAAUUGAAGGAAACACUACCUUCUUUCAUUCAAACCCAGGAGGAACAUGCGAGGCGUAUCUAGUUCUAUCCAAAGUCGUCAUCUGUACGGUCUCAAGUACGUUUUUCUUUUCAACGUUCCUGCCUGACUGACCGUGUUCAUACCUCCUCCGAACUGUCUCUCUACCUGUUCACGGUACGCGGCCUUCAGAGGACCGAACACACCAACGUCACACAACAAAGCACGAUGUUGUUUUCAAAGCAAAUUUUUAGAAUCACAGAUGACCCGUGCGCUUUGAAACAGUUGAAGCUCCGAACUAAGGAUACAAGUUAUGAUACCUUCUAUCGGUGAGCUGGAAACACAUGUAUAGAUCUGUGAAGGGUCGUCACAGAUUUAUACUACAGUUGGGUGCCAAAAGUCCGUUCGCGAUGGCUUUACCCUACUAAAAAUGACCAUGUUCUAUAAUAAAUAUAACAGCCUCUGCUGAUUUAAAUAAUAUAAG